CCAUUCUUUGUGUGUGUGCGUGGGUGUGUGUGUGCCGUCAUGUCGACCACGGCUCAUCGUUCAUCUCUAUGACUGACGGUGGAUUGAACGUCUUUAUGGGUGAAGAAGUGGUACAUAAAACAUCAUAUUUCAUUCUCUGCCUUGAUUCACUCCAGGACCAGAGAGACGGACACACGGACACAAGGAAUCUCGCUUGGAAAAAAAGGAAGCUCCUCACUUCAGCCAAUUUCUGGCCGCUGUCUAUGAGCCACCCCGAGGCUUUCCGGUGGAAUUCCCAGUGUUCCUGACAGACGGCAGACAUCAUGUCCUCGCCCUCCCUCCAGAUGAACUCCCUUCCCCCAAGCCCGCUGGCCAUGGAGUACCUAAACGAUUUUGACCUCCUUAAGUUUGAGGUAAAACCUGAUACGCCGCCUCUCUCCGUUCAGUGCGGGUACUCCAAAUCGGGCAGCUCGCCGUACGCUGGUCACCCACCGCCGGAUUCCAGUUUAAGCUCCAGCCCUUACGACUCGCUGCCGCCCUCACCGACCCUGAGCGAUGCCCACCCGCCGCCGUCGGGCUCGUCCUCACUGUCGUCCUCAUCGUCCUCCAUCUCCUUCCCGCUCUCUGGAUUCGCAUCCAGCGUCGGUACCGCUGGAUCUCAGGGGAAUGCGGACAGCAGUCCAGGCCACGCCGGCCACCCUCAGGGCCCUGGCCCAGCCUCACUGGAGGAUCUGAUCUGGUUCGCCGCCUUGCAACAGCAGUUUGGCGGAGAGGUCCCGGGUCCCGCCAGCCUCCUGGGCGCCCUGGGCGACAGAGAGAGGGCGCCGGUUAAUGGCUUUCUAGGCUGUGAGGACGCCGUGGAGGCUUUGCUGAACUCGGCUGCCGCAGCCGUUAGCUCCCAGUUUUCAGGUCUCUCUCAGGGUUCCAGCAGCGCCUUAGUAGACUCGGGCAGCGACAGUGGCGCCGACACAUCCUGCCCCAAGGGCGGCGACACAUGCCACCGACCGCUUAUCUUCCUGUCCAACCCGUCGCUCCCCAAUGCCGCCUCCUCCGUGGGCUCUACCCCCUACUCACAGCCCCUCAGCCCUCAGGGCCGCCUCAUCCCCCACCAGCAUCACCAUCACCAGCACCACCUUCACCACACCAUGCAUGGCACCCAUCACCAUCAUCAUCACCCACAAAUCGGUCAGUGUGGCGGUAACGAUCGCUUCUCUGACGAGCAACUGGUUAGCCUGUCGGUCCGCGAGCUGAACCGCCACCUUCGCGGUGUCAGCAAGGACGAAGUGGUGCGCCUGAAGCAGAAGCGCCGUACUCUCAAGAACCGCGGUUACGCCCAGUCAUGCCGUUACAAACGCUUACAACACCGCCAUGCUCUAGAAUCGGAGAAACACGUGCUCACGCAACAGUUGGAGCAGCUCCAGUGUGAUCUGACUCGUGUGUUACGGGAGCGAGAUGCAUACAAGGCACGCUAUGAGAAGCUACUCAGCGCCAACCACGCAGAGGCCUCGACGGGCCGCGGCGGCAACAGCACCAACACGCCUUCGCCGCCCCCCGACUUCUUCCUCUGAGGUGACCCCCGCAACCCCGGACAGGAAAAGAGCCAACAUGGAGCAAACAUGGACGUUCGUGACGGUUCAUUAGUUGGUUUUGCUGCUUGGACUCACUUUGAUUACACUGUGAAUGAUAGUUGCACUUGUUUAGGGAAUAGCAGUGCAAAUAAGGACAGAGGGAAAGUACACUAUAUGGACAAAAGUCUUCGGCCACAGUCAAUUUACCAGUCUUUUUUUUUUUAAUCCACUAUUAAGAGUAUAUUCUUAUAAUAUUCAGAAGAAAUUACCUUUUUUUUUUAUUUUAUUCGACCUCAAAAAGGCUUUAGAUUGAUGGAUGGAUGGAUGGAACUUUAUUCAAGUCAAAUAUAUUAAUAGCGUUAAAUCAUCAAAAAAGAUCACAAAUGGAUUCACAAAUACCAAUUCACAAACAGUAAAAAUUAAAAUAUUAAAAAAAUAAUGAACCAUAGAAUUCACUAUCAGUUGACGGGACACAGGGCUUGGGGUCGAUCCGUAAGGAGCCUAUGUUCAAAAAUUUUAAAUUCCAAUAUUUUCAAAACCAGAGCCGCUAGCGACCUAAAAUCAAAACAGGCACCUCCCUUAGGGAUGAGUCUCCAUGAGCAGCGACAUGAAAAAAUUCUAAGUCGUUCCUUAAUAAAAUCCCGAUUAAUUAUUUUUUAUACAAGUAUAACAAAACUUAAAAUGGCUAUAAAAUUCUCAAAUUUUGCACUAGAUGCUCAAAAAUCACCAAAUGCAGAGAAAAUAACCUAUAUUUUCAGGAUCAAUGGCCAUGUUUAACAUAUAAGUAUUUGCCCAAAAUAGCAACUUAAUUCUGUUUUUCAUUUAGUGGAGGUUUUCGCAUCAGUAGCUGAAUACUCGAGGAAAGCAUACAGAGUCAUUUUAAUUUUACUCAACAAAAGCUAAUUUUGCAUUUUCUGUAUAAAACCACAACUUAUUUUGGUUAAAUUCUGAUGUCACUAAUGCCCCAAUGCGUCUGGCCGGCUAUCUGGCCCUCGUCGUUUUUAGAUUGAAAUGUUACAUCAUAAAAAACACGUAAAAGGCGAUUUUUUUUUUUUUUUGUACAGACGCAGAAAUUUCUAAAUGAAUAGUUCUUGGCUAAAAAACAGGCAAUUUGCCAAAAAUACCUGAUCAUAUGAAAUAAAGUUACGCUACUGUGUAUGGUUACAUCAUGGCGGCCAUCACAAAACAAAGAGCUUUUUAAGUUGAAAAUUCUUGUAAAUAAAUGCGUACAUCCCUGAAUUUCUACAGACAUGAACAAAGAACAGUCUAAAUUCUUGGUUAAAAGCAAAAAACCCGGCAGUUAUCAUCCAUUUUAAAUAAAUAUUUCAAGCUAAAAUUAUGCUCUACUGUAAAUCCAACGAGGCGGCCAUCACAAAACAUAGGGCUUUUUAAGUUGAAAAUUCUUGUAAAUAAAUGCGUACAUGGUACAUCCCUGAAUUUCUAUAGCUAUGAAUAUAGAACAGUCAUCAUCAGUCAAUCAUCUUAAUUUUACUCAACAAAAACAAAAUUUACAUUUUUCUAUAUACACAAUCACAACUUAUUUAGGUUGAAUUCCUAUGUUCCUUUUGCCUCAGCACGGAGGCACGUCUUGCCAGCUAUCUGACCCUCGUUAUUUUUAGAUUGAAAUUUUACAUAAACUAAAACAUGUAAAAGGUGAAAAAAAAAUUGUAUGGACGCAGAAAUGUCUAAAUUACUACUUUUUUGAAAAUACUUGUAAAUAAAUGCGUACAUCCCUGAAUUUCUAUAGAUAUGAACAUAGAACAACCUAGAUUCUUGGCGAAAAGCAAAAAACCAGGCAGUUAUUAUUCAUUUUACGUAAAUAUUUCGAGUUAAACUUACGCUAAUUUUUUCCAUACAUUUUUUUCACGUUUCAAAGUGAAUGCAUGGGGCUAUUUUAUAUGAUAAUUUACCUUGAAUCCUCGACCAAAUCACUCUUGAGACACUCCUGCCUGGUUGUACGCCGUAAAACUUUUAUCCUUUUUCCACCUAAAUCCGGCGUUUGAACGCAGCGUGUGUUUGGGCAAACUCAAAUCACAGUGAAAGCCAAAUGCUCUGCCUGGGUCGACCCCCAACAGGAAGGCGUAGCACAAUGUUUGUGGGAGCUGUCUUGUCUUGGUGAAGUCUAUGUAAUGAUCGCUAAUUCAGAUCAUUUAAAUCAAAAUCUACAAUAUAAAGCACCCCGCCUUUUUUCCCUCCGAAUGUUUAGGCUUUUAAUUUUUUUUAAAAUAAGUAUCACAAGUCUAUCUCAUAACAUUCUAAUUUCAACAAUUAAAAAAAACACCUAAUCAUUGUCUGAUUAGCCAAAUUUUAUAUUCCAAUGUGGUUUUGUUGUUGUACAAGAUAAUAAUAAUAACAAUUAGGUUUGUUCCGAUCAUGUUUUUUUGCUCCCGAUCCGAUCCCGAUCGUUUUAGUUUGAGUAUCUGCCGAUCCUGAUAUUUCCCGAUCCGAUUGCUUUUUUUUUUUGCUCCCGAUUCAAUUCCAAUCAUUCCCGAUAAUUUUUCCCGAUCAUUUUGGCAAUGCAUUAAGAUAAGCAUUAUGCAUUAAAAAAAAAAAUGAAUAAAACUCGGACGAAUACAUACAUUCAACAUAAGGUACAUAAGUACUGUAUUUGUUUAUUAUGACAACAAAUCCUCAAUAUGGCAUUUAUAUUAUUAACAUUCUUUCUGUGAGAGAGAUCCACGGAUAGAAAGACUUGAAAUUCUUAAAGGAUAAAUGUGACUUUGUAUAUCGUGACUAAAUAUUCCCAUCUAGUGUAUUUGUUGAGCUUUCAGUAAAAAAUACUGCAGCCAUUUAACUUCUGCCCAAAUGCAUGAUGGGAAGUACAACCAUGACUGUGCGUAGUGCUACCAAUUGAUAUAUCUUCCCUGCGUUGGGAAAUAACAUAGGGUGUUAAGAAAAACAUCAACUACUACCUUUCUUCCCCACUUUGCUUCCCACGAUAUUUCUAAUUGUAGGGAGACGGAUUGUAAGGCUUUAACCAAUUAAAAUAAGGCUCCAAAGGCUUCCAAAAUUCACUCUACUCAUUUUACGCUGCCUUUUAGCUCUCUAUAUAGGUAAAACGGCGCCAUAACAGAUUGAACGCGACAAUGCGUGAGUGGGUCGUGCAGUGCAUACAUUAAUUGCGUUAAAUAUUUUAAAGUGAUACAUUUUUAAAAAUAUUAAUUACCGCCGUUAUCGAGAUAAAUUUGAUAACCCUACCUUAAGCCUAAACUAAAGACUCUGGAUGAGUGUAACGUAUUAUGUCUGUAACGUUAAAUACAAUUAGAAAAUGAUUUAAUUAAAAUAUAUAUAUAUUUUUUAAAAAGGCAUGUCCGAUAUUUUUUUGCCGAUUCCGAUACUUUGAAAAUGACAUGAUCGGACAUCCCGAUCGAUCGGGAUAUCUCUAAUAAUAAUAAUAAUGAAAAUUCAGCAUUAUUAAAUAUGACAAUUUGAAAUUUUCGUAACAUUAAAAAUAAUCUUUCCUUUAUUAUUUCAACCCUAUUCCUCAAAUAUUCUGUCUUUAUUUGACUUGUUCUCAUAAAUUUAAUUAAUAUAAAUAAAAUCCACUCAUUUUAAAUCUAAAAUGAUGUUAUUUGAAUAAUAUUUCAACUUUAAUCAUAUAUAAUAUCAAAAUUGAAUUUUCUGGAUAUUCAAAAUUUAAACAGAAUAUUGGGAUAUUUUUUUCAUUAAAUUCCAAAGUAAUCCUUGAAAAGAUGAAACAAUACAUUAAUUUACAAUGGCAACUCCAUUCUUGGAAAAUUAAAGAUAUCAGGUUCGGUCAAAGGAUCAGCCCCAUUUUUCUUUUUUUUCUUUUUUUUUCUUUUUUUUUCUUUUGACUUUCUGAUUAUGUCUUGACCCAAUACUUCUGUCCAUGUAGUGAAUUUGAAAAGGACUUACAAUGCAUUAACACUUCUGAGCAUUUCAUCUAUGCAAAGUUAGCAUCUAUCCAAUAGUCUCAAAUAGAGGCUUUGAGGCUUAAACUAGUUAUUUUUUUUACAUAUACAUAUAUAUACUGUAUCUAGAAACUGUAUAAGAGGCUGCUAAAGCAAUAUGAGUGGUGCAGUGGUGCUGGCAUGCAGUUUAUUUUUCACAGUUGCCUACCAAAGAGUUCUAGCUCUUUUAUUGUCGGAUUGAAGAAUGUAUGACGGGAAUCUUCCUGUGAUUGUGCUCAAGGUGGGACAAGAAGCACCUUUUGUUUUUGUUUUUUGGGAAAAGACAUCAUUUUGCUGUUUUGCUUCUUGAGUUCAGACAUACAAAAGAAUUGCUGCUUAGUAGGUGUGCUAAUCUUAUGCAGGGUUUGCUAUCCUCAGCAGUAAAUCGAGCCUAGUCGACAUAUUUAUGCAAAAUGGCUACACUAUUUUUAUGAUUUGAUAUUCAAGUUAAAAUGGCCGACUUCCUAUUCAAUUUCCGGCAUUAACUCUCGAGACACCCAAAUUUGUGUACAUGAACAAAACUAUUUUCAGGGACUAUUUUUUUCCUCACUUCUGAGUAUUUAAAAUCAACCAAAAAAAUAGCUGCUACAGAUGAAAAUGAUCAACUCCCUGUUUAGGUUCGAAAAUGGGUCCUUGAGACCUUUUCGUGCAUGCGCACUGUUAUGAUAAACAAGUCCAUCCAAUUUGGUUUCAAUCAGCAAUUGUAUUCCAGGCUGAUUUUCCCCCUAUUUUCCAGGGGGCGCUUCUGAGGGAGUUUUGAGGCAUUGUAUUCAGGACCCCUUAGAUUCAAAAUUAUACACCAGGGCACAUGGGCCUACCAAAAUUUGGCCAUUUUCAGGCAAGCCCACCAAAAAGGUAUUAAUUUGUCAAAAAAUGAAUGAAUGAAUGUCCAAAAAGUAUGGUCAUUGGGCCCUAAUAAUAAGUAAUAAUGCAGGGAUAACAAUGCAGCAAAACAAUCAACUCAUGGAGACAUGAAAACAUUGACAGGGUGGAUGCAUUAGAGCUAUUUAUUUUGUUUGAGUGUAGAAUAAAUAAGUUGCUGUUUUAUUUAUUUACUUAUUUAUUCUGUAUUUAUUGAUUGUUUCAUUUUGUGCUGAUUCUAAUCACUUAUUUGAUCUCAUUAGUGUGUAUUUGACUUUCUUACUCUUGGUUUUGCUCCCCCACAACACAAAUGACGACAGCCAUUGUGAACAGUUCCCGCUCCUACUGUAGUGUGGUUUCACAUCAAAUAAACUUGACAUAC